AUGGGGGUUUUGUAUUUAAAUCAAGAGGACUAUAAUCUAUACUUAGUCCUCUUCCUAUAAAUUAAGGUAGAGUAAGUAACUCUCCCUAAAAGUAAGAGGUAAACUAUAGUUUUGCCUUCAUUUGAUGAACUCUAUAAACAACUUUCUUACAACCCUCAACUUAUUCCUAAGUGA